UCCUCUCUCUCUCUGUCUCUCAGUCCAGCUGCCACUGAUGUAAUCCUUCAUGCCACCCUUUGCCCCUGUGUGCCCUCUGCUAGUGUCCAGGGCUUCGCCAGUGCUGUUGGAUUUCUUAGCAAGGGUCUCAGAGCUUGCACUGAAGAAGCCUUAACAAUAACAGGAAGAGUGUCGCCCUGAGCCUUGCCUGAUUGGCUGUACCACUGCACUGGCCUGGACGUUCUCCGAGCAGUUUUGCAGAAGUGCAUACACCUUCACACAGAGCGGAACUGAUCUGGAUGUCUCCAGCAGGACAAGAACGGGACUGAUCUGGGUGUCUCCAGCAGGACGAGAGCAGGACUGAUCUGAGGGGCUACUCCAUCUUCCCCAUUUGGCCUUCACACUUUCUCUGUGGAUCUGUGUGGACAGGAAGGACUGAGGGACUAUAAAUCUGGUGGCGCUGUGGUGUGUUUGAGAGCAGAUGGCUCGGCCGUUACUGUGUGCAGGUGUGGUGGUGGUGAUACAGGUGGUGCUGUCAGCGUUCUCUCUGGACAGCCCCGCCCACCUGAGGUCAAAGAGAGAGUGGGAAUGGAAGAAGUUCUUCGUGUACGAGGAGACAGAUCCCAGCGAACCGCCCCAGCAAAUUGGCAAGAUAUCAAACACCCAUGCCAACAACACCACUGAAUAUAUACUCACGGGUGAAGGGGCGUACACCUUUUUCAAGUUGAAUCAACACGGCGACAUAUUUGUACUAGCAAGGUUGGAUCGGGAAAAGAAAAAAACCUACAGACUAAAAGCUCAAAUCAAGGACAUCAAAACUAAAAGAGAGGUUGAAAACAGCACGGAGUUUGAAAUCGUUGUCAACGACAUUAAUGACAACAGUCCAGUUUUCUCAGAGAGCUACGUGAAUUCCGUCAAUGAGCGAUCAGAAAAAGGGAUAACAGUGCUCACGGUACUCGCCACAGACGAAGACGACCCAAGCACCCCCAAUGGAAAGAUUUCAUACAAGUUGAUGAAUGGAACAAAUCUUUUCGAUAUUGACCCAAAGACAGGCAUGAUAAAAACAGCAGUGAACACGCUGGACCGUGAGACUACCAGCCAGUACAAGCUCAUUGUACAAGCCUCAGACCUCAGCGGCUCUGGGCCAGGAAGCAACUCUGCUACGACUAUUGUGACUAUUAAUAUAAAUGACAUCAACGACAAUAAGGCCUCCUUUGCAAAGCAAACUUUCCGCUUUGACGUGAAAGAAGACGAGAGGCCAGAGUUCAAAAUUGGUAUAUUAGAGGUGGAAGAUCAGGACGAAAGACAAAAUAAAAAGCCCGUAUUUAAUAUGAGGAAAUUUAGCGACCUCUUCCAUGUGGAGCGCAAUGAGAUGCAUGAUGGAGUUCUCACACUCACAAAGGCCCUGGACUAUGAGGAGACCAAAGCGUAUCACUUCACUGUGGAAGUUACGGAGGAGGGCCUCGUUCAGCCUGCUGAUAUCAGUGGCUUGGCUCUCCACACCACUGAGGUUUACAUCACCGUGCUUGACGUUGACGAGCCUCCGGUCUUCACAUAUCCCGUGUACAACUUCAGCAUUGAUGAGGGACCAACUAAACAAAAGGAGAUUGGAUAUGUUAGUGCCAAAGACAUGGACAACACUGGUUACAGAAUAAAAUACGUCAUUGAGGAUUUUGAUUGUCCAGUGGAGGUCAACCACGAGACGGGUCGACUUACUCUAAAGAGAGAGCUAGACAGAGAAGUUCAGGAGUUACACACAUUCCAGAUUUCAGCACUUGAAAUAUCUCCAAGUGGGCAGAAAUCAUACGCGCUGGUCAAUGUGAGGGUAAAGGACAUUAACGACAACAGGCCUGAACUGGUCGGAACCAACGUCUAUAUCUGCGAAAGCGACAAAAAAGGAACGGUCAUCGGAACCAUUGAGGCCCGUGAUAAGGACUACGAUUCUGGAAUACUCAGUUUCACUUUGGCACAAAAGAGUUUCAACUUCUCUCUUCAUGACAACAGAAAUAACACAGCCAACAUCAUCCUGACUCAAGGACACUUUAGCACAGAGAACUCAGCGAGCAACAUCCUGGAGGUGAAGAUCAGAGACUCAGGCUCACCCUGGUUAGAGAGCAUCACCCCUCUGCAUAUCCCAGUGUGCACCUGUCAUGCUGACCGUCAGAGGGACUACUGCAGGCCGGAUGCCCAGACAGCAGUGAGCGCCAGUGCCCUCGUAACCAUUCUCCUCUGUAUCCUCACUAUUCUGGUGAUCGUGAUUCUCUUUGCUCUCCGUAAGAGCUACCAGAAGGAGGCACUGGUUGGCCUUGGGAAGUCAUCGGGGGAGAUUCACCAACAGCUGGUGACCUACGACGAGGAGGGUGGAGGAGAGAUGGACACCAAUGGCUACGAUGUCUCCAUCUUGUCGUCCGCCUGCCAGGACUGCAGUGUGGGUCCCGCGUCUGGACCCGCGAUGUAUGCGGUGGUAAAAAAGCCUUCCGCCUGCACGGGAGACAUGGCUGUGAUGAUCGAGGUGAAGAAGGACGAGGCAGACCAUGACCGCGAUGGGAUCCCUUACGAUACCCUGCACAUCUACGGCUACGAGGGGCCCGAGUCCCUGGCGGGUUCCCUCAGCUCUCUGGAGUCCAGCUCCUGCGGCUCCAACCUGGACUACGAUGUCCUGAGUGACUGGGGCCCGCGCUUCAGGAUGCUGGCUCAGCUCUACGGGGUGGAGGGCUCAGACUCGGACAGCUCGUACUGAUCCCAGAACAGUGAAGUUGCAGCGCUUCAGUCAGGACGGUGCAGCUCAUCAUUUCUUUGCAGGGGGAUUUUUAUUUUUUUUUCAGCCAGCGUCUCUGACAUGGCGACAGUGCUUGUCCUGAUCAUAUGUGAUUUUUAAAGUGGUAUUACCAUCGCCAUGGUUAUAUUACAGAUAGAUCAUUAUUAUUAUUAUUAUUAUUAUUAUUAUUAUUAUUAUUAUUAUUAUUAUAUUUUCAUUCCUAGUACUUGUGGAGAUCCACCAUGCCUGAUUUGGUGGAUUUUCUCAAAAGUGUUUUGAUUUUUGAUUCCUUCCUCUGUGCCCACUGCAUAGCCCAGUAACUGUGGUGGACCAGACCAUGACUAAAUGAUGGGGGUUCCUCUCAUGUCCUGUGUGUCCCACACAAACAGAGUCUGUGUGAGCAGGAACAAGGGUCGUUGUAUUAAAUACGAGAAAAGAGUCCAUGCAGCACAUGCUGGGGGAUUUUCUCACUCAGAGUUCUCAGGGUUUGAGUCAUUUUCCUUGGCCACCUUUAGCAGAUCCAGUACUGACCCGAAAUCUUUGUAAACAAUUUUUAAGUUUCUGUACUGUUAUCCAUGUGUCAAUGUGUGAAUGUUUUCUGUUUACUGUAAUCUCUCGAUAAGGAUAACAGAACAGAGACUUGUUUAUUGUAUGUUUAGUCCUAAGUUCACUGAGAGACCAUAAUGCCAGAUCUAAACAGUACCCACUGGCAUGGUAGUGUUUGAGAUGUUAAAAGUGCCCACUGGCAUUAAUGUUAAUAAUAUUCGGUGGCAUUAAAGUUAACAGUGCCUGCUGAUACUGCUGCAUACACUGUUCCCUCUCAGCAGGAAAAUGACAUCACCAGCCCAGGAGCAGCAGAGGAAACCGUGGCAACAGGGCUUAGACAGAAUUAAAGCCCACUCCAAGGCUAUUUGACAGGGAUCAGCAACACAUCAAUUGUUGUGGACCAAGAUCAACCCUCCAAGGGCCACGAUAAUAAGGCAAUCACAGGAGUCUCAGGAAACGUGCAGCAGUUUGCACGCUUGUAGGGAGGUGAGAAGCAGCCUGAACUUUAACCUUCAUCACAUGAGCUCUACAUCGCCAAUCAUCAGGUUGGCUGUGUACUACAUGAGCUGUGGCUACACAGCUGCACACUAAUUGAACUUUAUUUGUGGUUAAAUCUUUGAAGAAAUCAUUUUCCAGGGACCAAUGAUCUAGAAUUUGACUGGUUACACUGAUUAUUCUUAAUCCUAGUCUAAUAUUAUACAUAGAAGACGGUCUUCCUUUUUUACACUUUAUAGAUAAAUGAUUCUCUAAAUAUUUACCUCUGGACAUACUUAACUUUGUCUUCAUCAACACUAUAAGUGGAAGCCAUCUUUCCAUCUUCCCUGCUAAGAACCACAUUCACCUCUCCCAGCUCCCAGAAUGGCAAACCACACCUCCAAAAUGGCCUCUUCCUGUCUGUGUGUGCAGAAGAAUUUAACUUCCUGUUUUCUUAUCUUUUAAGUAAAGUAGCACAUUGGA